AGCAAAUAUGAUCCCAAAGGUGGGAUCAACAAGGACUCAUUGUCUGCCAGCCACGGACAUCUUCAUUUCGCAGCAGCCAACAUGGCGACUGCAGCAACAAGUGAGCUGCUGGAAGAGGUUCGAAGACACACUGGAGACAAAGCGUUUCUGGAGAUGAUUGGGAUUUCUAAGGGAUCCAGCAAAGCGCUGUGUUUUGUCAUCGACACCAGCAACAGCAUGAGGGACAACAUUGAAGCGGUUAAGACCGUGACCUCCAAAAUAAUCAAAAGUGAUUCUGGAACAGACAUGCAACCCUCAUCGUACAUUCUUGUAACGUUCAGUGACCCAGAAUUUAAGCUAGAGGAGAAAACCUCCAACUCCAAAGUUUUCCAGAAGGCGAUGGACUCAUUAAAUAUAACUGGUGGAGGAGAUAAACCAGAGAUGAGUCUCUCCGGGCUGCAGCUGGCUUUGACUAACGCUCCUUUCAACUCUGAGAUCUUCCUCUUCACGGAUGCUCCUGCUAAAGACAAGAACUUGAAGAGUACAGUGACUGCACUCAUAGAGCGGACCCAGACUGUGGUGAAUUUUAUGAUUACAGAGUCAUCACUGAGCAAUCGCCGCAGAAGAAGAGAUGGGCAGAACUCCAUCGGAGCAGAAGAUAUUCAGCUGUACAGAGACCUGGCUCAGGCAUCAGGAGGUCUGGUUAUUGAAGUCACUAAGGCUGAACUUUCCAAGGCUGCAUCAAUCAUAACGCAGUCGACCAGAGGCUCUGAGGUGACUUUUCUUCAGGCAUCCAGGAACCCAGGGAAGUCUGACACAUUCACUUUUACAGCUGAUGAAACUGUGAAAACCUUAAGAGUUUACAUCACCGGCCAGUCCGUCACUUUCACUAUUACAGACCCAAAAGGAGCUACCCAGAAGAGCACUGAUUCAUCAGGUCCCUUAAUCAAAAUCUCUGAGUCUGUGGGGAAUUUCAUCUUUGUACAACUAUUAACACAAGUUGGUGAAUGGAAAAUCCAAAUGGAAUCAACAAACCCCUACACUCUAAAAGUUAUAGGUCAAAGUUACAUUGACUUUCUGCUUGAGUUUGUGGAGCCUUCAGGCAUUUUCUCUGGAUUUGAUGCACUUGACACGCGUCCCAGAGCAGGUCACAACGGCACCUUGAUGGUGUCUUUGUCGGGGAGCGACGACGCCACGAUUACAGAUGUUGCUUUGGUUGAGUCAUCGGGGUCGAAGGAGGUUAAAAUCGUUUUGGAGCCACAAGAGGGGGGACGUUACUUUGUCCACUUUGAUCAAAUUCCACGACAAGAGUUUGAUGUACGAGUGACAGGAAAAUUGGCUGGCUCUUCAAAUGUCUUCCGAAGGCAGUCACCCAUCAGCUUUAAAGCAUCUAAUCUGACCAUCACAGCUAACUCAAGCAGCAUCAUCGUACCAGGCACACCUUUCUCUUUCCCCUUCUCUGUGACAAACAGUGGAGAUGAGACGACCCUGACAAUUCGAGUUACCAACAACAGACUUUUUCCUUCAACAUAUCCGAGCACUUUACCUGUGGAAAAAGGGAAAAGUUCGACUGGCACGGUGACGCUCUCAGCGCCUCUCAACACCCCAUCUGGCACAGACGUAGUGCUGACCAUCGAAGUGGCGACUCCUGGAGCCACAGACGUUAACUACAUAGUGUUGCGCUUCUCCAUUGUCAACUCGGUGACUGACUUCACUGCUCCAGUGUGUAAGCGACUCAGCAAGAAGUCAGAAUGCUCUGGAAAAUGCGACUCCAAGUGGGAGGUCUCCGUCCGGGUGACUGAUGGGGCUGAUGGGACAGGCAUAGAGAGAAUCAGCGUCAGCCGCGGAACUGGGACCCUGAAGACCAGUCAGGAAGCUGGAAAUGAGAACAUAACACUGGUGUCCUACAGCGCCUCCUGCUGCUCUCCUGAGCUGCAACUGCUGGUUGUAGACCGUGUUGGUAAUGUGAACAACUGCCUCAUCAGUGGCAAUGAAUUUUCUACCAGACUCGCUCAGUCAUCCUUCCUGUGCCUUAGCUUAGUGGCAGUAGGACUCCAUCUGCUGAUGGAGCUGGGCUUCAGAUGAGUCCAUCUCAAACCAGUUAAAAUAUAUUUGUAUUUUACUUCUUAUAACUCAAAAAAUAUGUACAUAAUUUGUUUCUGUUGGAAAGAAUGGUAUUUUAAUUUUUUCUAUUGACUAAGCCAUUGCAUGUCAUGCUCCAGGUGAUAUUUCAGUUUCAAUAAAAAAAUGUGCACAUUA